AUGAGGCCGUCGACAGCACGCGGCUUCUACCUCGCAGUCUUCGCGCUGUGGGGUGUAGACUGCCAUGCUGAAUCCGCCUCAUCCACCUCUCCACACACAAGCCCAGAUGUCUGCGCACUCGAACCCAAAGCCAAAGUCUCAGAUGCUUGCGCCUCCUACGCCGACUUGAACGGUCUGAACGACAAACUUCAUCCCUACGUACGGAACCUUGCGAACAACACCGACUUCUUCUCGUUCUACCGAUUGAAUCUCUACAACAAGAAAUGCCCGUUCUGGGAUGAUGAGAAUGGCAUGUGUGGGAACCGAGCAUGUGCGGUGAAUACUGUGGACAACGAGGACGAUAUCCCCGCGAUAUGGCGGGCAGAAGAGCUGAGCAAGUUGGAAGGACCAAAAGCACAACACCCGGGCAAGAAGCAGCAGAAGGAACGGCAACGGCCGCUGCUGGGUGAGCUUGGAGACAGCGUUGGCGAGAGCUGUGUGGUGGAGUAUGAUGACGAGUGUGACGAUCGAGAUUACUGUGUACCGGAAGAUGAGAGUGCGAGUGGGAAGGGUGACUAUGUCAGUUUGGUGGACAACCCAGAACGAUUCACUGGAUAUUCGGGAGAUGGAGCACAUCAAAUAUGGGAGGCCAUCUACCGAGAGAACUGCUUUUCGAAGCCAAAGCAGGGAGUGUUGGAUGCAGGGUCGUCAUCUCCUCAGUCGGGCAUAUCGCAAGAUCAAGCCGUGGCAGCGCAAGAGUUCAAGCAGGUCAUCAAAGCUCACGAUCGUCUGGAAGCCAGAAAAUCAGGUCUGCCAGAAGAGGCUCUUGACUUUGAGGAUGAGUGUCUGGAGAAGCGAGUGUUCUACCGAGUCAUCUCUGGCAUGCACGCAUCGAUCUCGACGCACCUUUGCUACGACUAUCUCAACCAGACGACGGGAGAAUGGGGCCCCAACGUGGAGUGCUACAAGGAGCGAUUGCACCACCACCCCGAAAGGAUCUCGAACCUUUACUUCAACUACGCGCUGAUACUGCGUGCUGUGGGCAAGCUACGGGAUUACGUCCAAGACUACACCUUCUGCACAGGCGAUACAGUUCAGGACAGCAGGACCAAGAAGAUGAUCACCAUCCUGGCGGACGCCAUCCCAGCUGGACCUCAGAUCUUCGACGAAAGUGUCAUGUUCCAGGACCAGACCGCCGACGGCAUCAGCCUGAAGGAAGACUUUCGCAAUCGAUUCCGCAACGUGAGUAGGAUCAUGGACUGUGUGGGUUGCGACAAAUGCCGGCUCUGGGGCAAGGUCCAGACCAAUGGAUUUGGCACGGCAUUGAAGGUGCUGUUUGAAUUUGGGAAUGGCCAUGAGGGCGAAGACAAACCUUUACUCCGCCGCACCGAACUUGUCGCACUCAUCAACACGCUCGACAAGAUCAGCGCCGCAUUGAAAGCUCUCGAACAUUUCCGUCUCAUGGUAACAGCAGAACAAGAAGGCCGUCCAUCUGAGUCCGUGGCUGAGACACCACGAUUCAAGCCGAGCGAGGUACCAAACUUCGACGACCUGGAUGAUCUGGACGACUUUGAGGACCACCAAUCGAGCCAAAGCCACGUCCCCAGCAUCUCAGAGAUCUUCUACGAAGAGCUAGAAGUCGUCUACAAGGCGACCAUGUUCAUCCUGAGGAGCUGGCUGGAUCUGCCGGUCAAGAUCCCGCUCAUCGUGGGCAACGAAGGCGGACGACUAUGGGACUCUUGGCUGGGCAAGCCUGUGCGGCCGAGGAAGUGGGAGAUUCGGUUUCCCGAACGCGACGAGUUAUGA